AUGAAUAAACAACUUAUUUUGGGAUUAAUUAUAACUAUAUUAUUACAUUUGGCUUUUCCAAUAUGUAGUUUAAUCUGUGAUAUUUUACAAAAAUAUGAGAAACAAAGUUUAACAGUUAGAAGAACACCAGCAUUAAAUAGAUCAUGUAAAUCAUGUUCUUACAUUUUUUUUAAUAUACCAGAAGAAAAUUUUUAUGGAUAUAUUCUUGAUUGUCUUUCAGAAACUUUUAGUUAUGUUAACAAAUAUUUUCAUAAAUUUGACAAAAAAAAGUUUGAGGACAAUUUUCAGUUUGUUUCGACUUAA